UCUUUACCUGAUAAAACUGACUCUUUCUCCAUUUUAAGAAACUGUUGCCUAAAAGUAAUACAUAAUCUAAUGAGAUUGGAAUUGUAUAAUGGGAACCCCGGUGGGCAGGCGGGUGCUGUGCAAUUCUAGUAAAAUUCUAUUGGAAUUCUAGUACAACCACACUGUUUGCUGACCUUUUCUUCACCCACUGUGGUAUGAUUUUUCUUGGGAAGCAAACAAUUAAGUGGCCGCUGGACUUGCCGGCCCUCUUCAUUGGCCGGUGGAAUGGAAUUUUCCCCGGCCACUCACUGACUGACCCCUUGUUUUGAUGGUUGUUGCUGUCUAAAAUAUAAAAAUCCUUGGUCUUUCAUUGUUUUGGCUCUACAUAGGAAUGGACGGAUCAAUCAACACACGGAAAGACAGAAGCAGAUGCAGACACGCACCACGAGAUACUUUUGGGGUAGAAAGAAGCAUUUGUAAUUUGUGUGUGCUGCUUUGCUUGUCUUGGUCAGAGCAGAGAGAAAUACACGGCAUGCCCAUACGACCAUUUGUUGUUGGCGGUGGUGGUGGUGUGGCCCCAUUGCCGUUUGGUGUUCUGGUUUAUCGCAUUUCCGUGCGGUCAGAGUCAUCUUCAUUCAGCUGCAAUGAAAAUGAUGAAUACCAUCGUCCCAUUCAUUUCCUCGUGCUUACGCGCGCCCCCCACCCCCCCCCCCCCCCCCCCAACCUUCGCUCUACUACCCUGUCGUACGCUCUCCUGUGGUUAAGGGUUAAGCUUACCCCUUAUCCUGAUCGUCGCAAUCUCCGGCGUCUUUACAUCUAGUGUUGGUUGGUGAAAUUACGCCCACCGCCCUCUCUGUAAGGAAGAAUAUCAUUCAGUUUUCCUCCUAUUCUCUCAGGCAUCUUUGUCAUCUUCUUUUCGCUGCUGCAAAUCCCCUCGAUCUCCUCUGCGCCUGUUUCAACAUACUCUCAUCUGUGCCCUGUUUUAACAUACUUUGCAAGUAUGUCCAGGAAGGGAGGAGUAGGCGGUGACCUUGCCGCAGAUGAGGAUCUGAGAAGAUUGGUCGCGAAGCAUGCGAGCCUUCAGCUUGACUACAAUGAACUGCAGAGGGAAACUAGAGCAUUCAAAAAGCGCUUGCAAAGAACAAAGCUGAAGAAGGAUAAACUUCUGGCUGAAGUCAGAUUCUUGAGGCGCAGGCAUAGGCUUCUGACAAAAAAAUCAUCUCAAGCACUUCCUCAGAAGCAACCUCUAGUGGGUUCAAAAGUUAUGGGCCCUCCAAAGCAUGUCCAAUAUGACCAUGCAGUGAACCCAAAACAAUCUCUGCCAGCACAACAUAUGGCUGCAAAAUAUGAAUACGCAAACAGAGGUACAUCCUCUGAACAACAAAUAUCUGCAAAGAACAGAGGUGCAUCCUAUGAAGAACCUGUUGCACCUCACACAUUAAGGAACAAGCAUUUUACAAUGUUUGAUUGCAUCACUCCUGAGAAUAAUCCCCCAGCUGCAAGAGAGUUUCAGGUAUUCUGGGAGCCGCUGAGAGAAGAAACCUCAUCUUAUGUUGCAGCUCCCAUAAGGAAGCUCAUUGAAAAUGUUGGAUUAGCUAGUGAUCUCAACCUGUCAAUGUUCAAAGACAUCCCAAAUGGAUUUGUUCUAUCUAACAAGACAGGAAAGAGAAGCAUUUCCUGGCAAGAUCAGAUGGUUUUGAAAGUGUAAUUGAAACAUCUUAAUAAUGCACAAUUCUUUUAUUCUUUUC